UUCCUUGUUUUGUUAUCUUACAGAACGUCGCAACGUUUUCAGUUGUGACUGUGACUCACUCUCCGCUUCGUCCUGCAUCCAGAAUUUGAAAUUCCGUAAAAAAGUGGAGAAUUUGAAAUUUCUCUGCUCACGCUCGGUCAUUCGCGAACGCACACACGCUCUCAAACUCUGGCUCACACCCUCUCACUCUCUCGCACGCAAUGCUCGUGCUCACUCGCUCUCGUGAUGCUUGGAGUCUCUCUCUCGUGACGCUCUUCUCUCGUAAUGUUCCUUUCUUGCGAUUCUCGUGAUCUAAGCUUACUUUCUUGCGAUUCUCUUGCUCAUGAUCCUUGCUUUGCCUCUCGCUUAUGAUCCUUGCUUUCUCCCUCUUGUGCGGUAUUCUUGAUUUCUCCCUUUACUCAGGUCAAAUUUCAAUCAUCUAAACUGUAGUGGAUUCGUUACUGCAAUUCUAGAGACAGUUGAUUAGAUCAUUUGUGCUGCAUUUAUCAGGCAUUUGUACCGGCUGAUGACUUAAAAAGUGUUGAAAGAAGGUUACCUUUGACUGGAGAGAGCUUAGACUCUAGGGGCCUUUAUAUAUAUGAUGAUGGCUUCCGGUGCAUUAUAUGGUUUGGUAGGGUGAUUUCACCUGAUAUAGCCAAAAAUUUACUUGGGGCAGAUUUUGCAGCAGAAUUAUCAAAGACGCAGCGCAAUGGAUUGGGGUUUUGUGCAUAAAACAUGGGAUAAGUGGGCUUCUACAAACAUUGGUUAUUCUGGUCAUCCGUUAAAAGCUGCUUUGCUGAUUAAUUAUGAUCCCACUGGACCAUCUCGAUUGUUAUCUACCAUUGCCGAACAAGAAGGAAUAAAAGCUAAUCCCAUUGAAUUGAGUCACUUUGUGGACUUUGUCAAACAAAAUAAACUCCAGACAGAGCUCUUCGUUAUUGGGUCCAAUCAGUACUUGGUCACGUCAAUUCAUGAGAACUGGUUUAGUGCAAGGUGUAUAAACACAUCAAAGCCUGCUGGUGAAGGUGCUAUUGUUAUACAAACAGCAGCAUAUAUCUUAGUUGCUCUGUAUGAAGGUUCCAUUGGUCCGGCAUCUCGUGCUAUGGCAGCUGCUGAUCAGUUAACUUGGCAAUUAGGGCGAAAAAAUCUUUGAAAUGGUCCUGCAGAUCUGAAACAUUCACUUACCUAAGGGCUAAAUUUUUUCUGUUCACUCCGGUUUUUGUUUAGAAUGUUGGUAUGAGAGAGGUCCUGCCAUUGUGUAUGAUUCACGUUCUGAAAUAGUUGAGUUUGAUAGAUCUGCUUUAGAUAUUUGUUAAAUUUUCUGUAGAGAACGUAUCUGAAUGCUUCCAAGAGAGCUUGUGAAGGGUCAAAGUCGAUCGAAAGGGGUUGGCUAAUUGCGUAGGAGAUGGAAUCUUAGUCCUAUUUAACCUUA